UUUGACUGUCCCGGUGUGAAGGCCGGAAGUGGCCGUCUCCAGGGUGAGGGGUUACGGGGGGGUGAGAGGUGUCAGUUUCCGGUCUAUCCCCCCCCCCUCCUUUGACUGUCCCGGUGUGAAGGCCCCGAGGCCAGAACCGGGCCCGGGUCCUGCAGGCGGAGAAGGGGGCACCUCCCGAUCCCGAUCCCGUCCCCCGGCUGAUGCAGCGGCCGGCGGCGGGGGCUCCGGCUCCUCCCUGCAUCCCCGAGGAGGAGGAGGAGAGGCCGGCCGCCGAUGUGAGUGAGCCCGGGGGACAGGCGAGGAAGCGGCAGCGGAGAGCCGAGCCCCAGGCCCAGCCCCAGGCCCAGGCCCAGGCCCAGGCGGGGAGCCGCUCCUCCUCCUCGCCCCCUCAGCCGCUGGGCGCCAAGCGGCGGUAUCGGGGCUGCUCCAACCCGGCAGAGGGUGACGGAGAGGCCGAGGCCGCGGCUGACGAGCCCGGACCGGGAGCCGGAGCCGGAGCCGGAGCCGGAGGCGGAGCGGGCCCCGCGAUGGCCGAGCAGCGGCCGCCGCACUCGCGCAAAGCCAACUCCUCGCCGGCGCUGCUCGGGCACCCCAACGGUGUGAGCAGGGCGGCGACCCCCGGGGGCAGGCCGGCCGCCUCCAGGAAACUGCUGAUCAAGAACUUCCGAGAUAAACCAAAAUUGCCAGACAACUACACUCAGGAUACGUGGCAGAAACUUCAUGAAGCUGUGGAUGCCAUUCAGAAUAGCACAUCAAUAAAAUAUAAUUUGGAAGAACUUUAUCAGGCUGUUGAGAAUCUGUGUUCCUAUAAAGUGUCAGCAACCCUAUACAAACAACUGAGACAGGUCUGUGAAGACCACGUGAAGGCACAGAUUUUGCAGUUUCGGGAGGAUUCGCUGGAUAGCAGUCUGUUUCUGAAGAAGAUUAACAAAUGUUGGCAGGACCACUGUCGCCAAAUGAUAAUGAUCAGGAGCAUCUUCUUGUUUCUCGACCGAACCUACGUGCUGCAGAGUUCAAUGCUGCCGUCUAUCUGGGACAUAGGUUUAGAGCUUUUCCGAACCCAUGUGAUCAAUGACAGGAUCGUCCAGACCAAAACCAUUGACGGGAUCCUUUUGCUGAUCCAAAAAGAGCGAAAUGGGGAGGCUGUGGACAGAAGCUUGAUCCGAAGUUUGCUGACUAUGCUGUCUGACCUGCAGGUCUACCAGGAAUCAUUUCAACAGAGAUUUUUGGAGGAGACCAAUUGUUUAUAUGCAGCAGAAGGCCAAAGACUAAUGCAAAAGAGGGAGGUGCCAGAGUACCUUCACCACGUCAACAAACGCCUGGAGGAAGAAGCAGAUAGAGUGAUUACUUACUUGGAUCAAAGCACGCAAAAAUGGUUGAUUGCCAGUGUCGAGAAGCAACUGCUUGGUGAGCAUCUGACAGCAAUUCUUCAGAAAGGCCUCAAUCAACUACUUGGUGAAAACAGAAUAGUGGACCUGGCUCUUCUUUACCAACUGCUCAGCAGAGUUAAAGGUGGUCUGCAGGCUCUCCUGCAACACUGGAAUGAAUAUAUCAAGACCUUUGGCAGUACGAUCGUGGUUAAUCCAGAGAAGGACAAGACGAUGGUGGAGGAACUGCUAGACUUCAAAGAUAAAAUUGACCAUGUCAUUGAAGUGUGCUUUCUUAAAAAUGAAAAAUUUGUCAAUGCAAUGAAGGAAGCUUUUGAGACUUUUAUAAAUAAGAGACCCAACAAGCCUGCUGAGCUGAUAGCCAAGUAUGUGGAUUCAAAAUUGCGAGCUGGUAACAAAGAGGCCACAGAUGAAGAACUGGAAAGAAUGCUGGAUAAAAUCAUGAUCAUAUUUCGGUUUAUUCAUGGUAAGGAUGUAUUUGAGGCCUUCUAUAAGAAAGACUUGGCAAAACGUCUCCUGGUGGGGAAAAGUGCUUCUGUUGAUGCUGAGAAGUCAAUGCUGUCCAAACUGAAGCAUGAAUGUGGUGCUGCCUUCACCAGCAAGUUGGAGGGAAUGUUUAAGGACAUGGAGCUCUCAAAAGACAUUAUGGUCCAAUUUAAGCAGUACAUCCAAAAUCAGAGUGAUCCAAGCAAGAUAGAUCUGACUGUCAACAUUCUGACAAUGGGAUACUGGCCAACGUACACACCCAUGGAAAUACAUUUACCUGCUGAGAUGAUAAAAUUGCAGGAGGUAUUUAAAACGUUUUACCUUGGGAAACACAGUGGCAGAAAACUCCAGUGGCAGCCAACAUUGGGGCACUCUGUUUUGAAAGCGGAAUUCAAAGAGGGUAAAAAGGAGCUGCAGGUUUCACUCUUCCAGACUUUGGUGCUGCUAAUGUUCAAUGAGGGAAAUGAAUUUACUAUGGAGGAAAUCAAGACUGCAACAGGCAUAGAGGAUAGUGAAUUAAGAAGGACAUUGCAGUCUUUAGCGUGUGGGAAAGCUCGGGUGUUGAACAAAGUUCCAAAAGGAAAGGACGUAGAGGAUGGAGACAAGAUUAUCUUCAACGACGACUUCAAGCACAAACUGUUCAGAAUCAAGAUCAACCAAAUCCAGAUGAAAGAAACUGUUGAGGAGCAAACGAGCACAACUGAACGGGUGUUCCAGGACAGACAGUACCAAAUAGAUGCUGCUAUUGUUCGAAUCAUGAAAAUGAGGAAGACACUCAGCCAUAACCUCCUUGUUUCAGAACUCUAUAACCAGUUAAAAUUUCCAGUGAAGCCAGGAGACCUGAAGAAAAGAAUUGAGUCACUAAUUGACCGGGACUAUAUGGAGAGAGACAAAGACAAUGCCAACCAGUACCACUAUGUGGCAUAAGUACAGGCCAUGGCUGUCACUGCUAAAUCUCAGCUCCUACAUUGCCAAGAAAACGGCAAUAGCACUGAUUCUGUCUGCACUCUUCCUGGAUUCAGUUUGGUUACUAACACGAGAUCCAGCCCCCCUCACAUCCGUGAAACCAAUGAGGUCGUUUUGGGAGUUUCAACCGUUGGCUGACCCUUUGGGGGUAGCUAGCCUUGCGUUUUCCUUUUCAUACAGCUUGUAGCAUGAGGCUUUGCCAUCCUGAGGACCUCUUCACUGAAGAGCAUGUAAGGUGUGCAGAGCUAAACACACUUGAAGCAGCAGUCCACCUGCGACGAGUGGCUGAGGACUGACAGUUUCUUUUCUGUAUUCAUCUGGUUUCACAUAUUGUUGAUUUCCUGUAUUUGGCUCUUAGUUCUGAUUUAUUAUAACAUCUGUCUGUACCUGUUAUAUCCCAGUAGUAUAUAACUUACGGCCACAUAUCAGCAAGUGAGUCCCAUUAAUCUGUAGAAAGCAUAAUGUGAGAUUCCCUUGAGCGCAAACUGCUCUGUAAUGCACACCAGCUUUUGUAACUAAUCGUGUUAGAGAGCCACCAUGCCAAGUACUGAAGUAAUCAACUUUGAACAGUUGUGGGAACUAACCCGAUACCACACUACAGGGUGGAAUUUUGUGUAUCAGGUUUGUUUUAUGUGAAUUGAAACAUGUUUUCUUCAAAAUGGAGACAGCUUACUUGAAGUGCCAAAGACUCUAAUUUCAAACAUUUAUUCCGCCGAAUAAGCUUCCUAGAAAAUAGUUGUUUUUACACUGAGAAAACGUAAUGCUCUUACGUCAGUCCUGCUCGUAACAUUUUCUUCAGGUAGAUGAACGAAAGCCACCUCCACUCACUGCCAUCAGGUGCCAGACAUAACCAGUUGUUGCACAGUAGUUUCUGGUUUUGGAUGACUCACUGAUCGAUUCACAGUGAUGUCACAGGAAAGCUUGAAAUUUUGACUUUGCAGGAAUGUAAAUACAAGAACAACUGAAUGAAUGCUUUGUGCAAUAUAUAGAAGUGCUCCUAUGUAUUCUUUCACACCGUAAAUCAUUCAGAUGCAAAUUAGUUGGAUGGUAGAGAUGAUCAGCUGAAACUGGGCUUUGUGAUAACUUGUUACAUUAUUGUAAAUAGGUUUCCUCAAUUCAAAAAGUGCUUAAAGAAUUAUUAAGUUCUUUGUCUUGCAAUAACUGAACAUAAAAUGAUUUUCUUCCA